GUGGGAAAUUGAGGGACUGACUCUGCGCUCUCGCGCUCUCUCCCCCACUUGGAGUCAGCCUCGGGACUAGGGUGGUCUUUCUAGCCUGGCUCGCCGCGAGCUCGCGGCGCUCUUUGACGUCCUACGAUGACGCGUGUUCUUUUCGUUUACGACAGCCCGGGCGGACUUUUGUGCUUUACGGCAACACUUGUCUUCCCCCACCGAGCGGAAGCGGAACAGCCCUGUCUGCUUUUACGACAGUUCGUCCGGGGGCGGGCGCGGCGUGAUGACGUGUAUGACUGUGCGCGCAUCGCCUAAGCCCAGUCUUUCCGGCAGCCGGCACCCCCGGCCCGCGCGCAUCUGCCUCCAUCGAGACCCGCCGGGCCCCCGCAGGAUUUUACAAGAUGGCUAAAUUCAUGACACCUGUGAUCCAGGACAACCCCUCAGGUUGGGGUCCAUGUGCUGUUCCUGAGCAGUUCAAAGAUAUGCCAUAUCAGCCCUUCAGCAAAGGAGAUCGUCUGGGAAAGGUUGCAGACUGGACAGGAGCCACUUAUCAGGACAAAAGAUACACGAAUAAGUACUCAUCGCAGUUUGGUGGGGGAAGCCAGUAUGCGUAUUUUCAUGAGGAGGAUGAGACCAGCUUCCAGCUUGUGGACACAGCACGUACACAGAAGACGGCAUACCAAAGGAAUCGUAUGAGAUUUGCACAGAGGAACCUUCGGCGAGACAAGGACCGCCGGAACAUGCUUCAGUUCAACAUGCAGACCCUGCCUAAGAGCGCCAAACAGAAGGAGAGAGACCGUCUACGUCUACAAAAGAAAUUUCAGAAGCAGUUCGGGGUGAGGCAGAAAUGGGACCAAAAAUCACAGAAGCCUCGCGACUCCUCUGUUGAAGUUCGCAGUGACUGGGAGGUGAAGGAGGAGAUGGAUUUCCCUCGGCUGAUGAAGAUGCGCUAUCUGGAGGUGUCAGAACCACAGGACAUAGAGUGCUGUGGCGCCUUGGAAUAUUAUGACAAAGCCUUUGACCGCAUUACCACAAGGAAUGAAAAGUCCUUGCGGAGCAUCAAGCGCAUCUUUCACACUGUCACCACUACUGAUGACCCAGUCAUUCGCAAGCUGGCGAAGACCCAGGGAAAUGUGUUUGCCACAGACGCCAUCCUGGCCACACUGAUGAGCUGUACUCGCUCUGUGUAUUCCUGGGACAUCAUUGUCCAGAGAGUUGGAUCCAAGCUCUUCUUUGACAAGAGGGACAAUUCUGAUUUUGACCUGCUGACAGUGAGCGAAACUGCUAAUGAACCACCACAGGACGAGGGCAACUCCUUUAAUUCACCUCGCAACCUGGCCAUGGAAGCAACCUACAUCAACCACAACUUCUCCCAGCAAUGUCUGAGAAUGGGGAAGGAAAAAUACAAGUUUCCCAACCCAAACCCAUUUGUGGAGGAUGACAUGGAUAAGAACGAAGUGGCCUCUGUUGCAUACCGGUACCGAAGGUGGAAACUGGGAGAUGACAUAGACCUGAUUGUCCGCUGUGAACACGACGGAGUGAUGACAGGAGCUGGCGGAGAAGUAUCAUUCAUCAACAUCAAAACACUGAACGAAUGGGAUUCCAGGCAUUGCAAUGGAGUGGACUGGCGUCAGAAGCUAGAUUCUCAGAGAGGAGCUGUGAUUGCCACCGAGCUGAAAAACAACAGUUACAAAUUAGCCCGCUGGACGUGUUGUGCGCUGCUGGCUGGAUCGGAGUAUCUUAAACUUGGGUACGUGUCCCGUUACCACGUAAAGGACUCUGCACGCCACGUGAUCUUGGGCACGCAGCAGUUCAAGCCGAAUGAGUUUGCCAGCCAGAUUAACCUGAGUAUGGAGAACGCAUGGGGCAUCCUGCGCUGUGUCAUUGACGUCUGCAUGAAACUGGAUGAGGGCAAAUACCUCAUCCUCAAAGACCCCAACAAGCAAGUGAUCCGGGUUUACAGUCUCCCUGAUGGCACCUUCAGCUCCGAUGAGGAGGAUGAUGAUGAAGAGGAGGAGGAGGAAGAGGAAGAGGAAGAGAGCUAAACCCUGUGGUCAGGGAGCAGGGGCCUCAGUGACCAAACGCUCGUCCCACCCCUGUGUUUUGUGGGUGGAAUCUUAGCUGAACCUUUGCACCGUGCUCAUUUACAAGUUUAAUUAACGGAAUAAAGAGUUUUGUUCUGUUUAA